AUGAUCGGCCAUAUGCUUGUAGUUGGCUUUAAAACAGGAAAUUUUGCUUUGUAUUCUGUAAACGAAAAAGAAGUCACUGUAAUACACACACUUAACAUGUCAGAUUUUGAAAUUAAUGCAAUAAGCAUUAAUAAUUCUGGAGAGUGGCUUGCAUUUGCAUCAAAAACGCUAGGACAGCUGCUGGUAUGGGAAUGGAAAAGUGAAAACUGCGUCUUGCAUAAAAUAAAAUGGUACUCGGUUUUCUCUCCCGUAUGGAAUUUUAUUUAUGGGUUGGCUUUCUCUCAAAAAUUUUUAGCAACAGAGGUUUCAUUUUGGGAUAAUAAGAGGAACUCCUUCACAUUGCAUCAAGAGGUUAGGGUUUUACCACUCAGCACAUCCAAGGAGGCUCACCAUUAGGCGACACAUGUGCAGAUGCUGAGUUAGUUAAGGAUACUGGCAUCGCCCUGAUCAGCAUGGGGUGAUUUCUUUGGAAUUGUCCGGUCUUUGAAUCUAAAAUGAUCGUAAAGUCAUAAUUCUGGUUCUGCCUCAUUUUUUGAGAUUUUGGCGUUAUAUAUCUUAAACACUCUAAUAAAACCUACGUCUUGCGCCAAAUGGGCCAUUCUUCACAAAUAAUUACUGCCUCAUUCAGCCCUGACGGCAACAUUAUAGCAACAGGUGGAAUUGACGGCAAAGUCAAGCUUUGGGAAAAAGGCUUAUGUUUUGCCACAUUUUCCGAGCACACAAAUGGCAUCGUAGAUUUAGCCUUUUCAAAAACCAAUGCAGUCCUAUCAGCUAGCAAAGAUGGAACAGUCCGUGCUUAUGAUAUAGCAAGAUACAAGCAGUUCAGAGUAAUGACGACUAACACUCCAGUAGAAUUUACAUGUAUGGCCCUUGAUAACAGUGGCGAAUUUGUAUGUGCCGGAGCCGUCGACUACCAAAUUUACAUUUGGGCUUUGCAGACUGGUAUUUUAUGUGACGUCCUUUCUGGUCAUACCGCGCCUGUCUCUUGUGUCGCUUUUUCUGCUUUAAAUUUGCUAAUUACUGGGUCAUGGGACAAAACAGUCACUCCCCCCCCCUCCGUGAGCGAACAAAACCCAUUAGAAAAAUCGCCAUUUUUUGACCAAAAACCCCACCCUCCGUGAGUGAACAAAAAUUUUUUUAAUAGAAAAAAUUUUAAUGGAAAAAAAUUUUGAUAUAUAAGUGAUAAUUAGUAUAAUGAAAUCUAGAGCUAAUUCUGUUUAAUUUUAAAACAAAAUUGCGUUUUAAAACAUAAAUUUUGCAAAUUAAAUUAAUAUUUGCUUCCCAAUUUUUGCAAAUUAGGAUUUUUUUAAAAUUUCGAAAAAAAUAUUUUUUAUAAAAUUUAUAUAUAAAUUUUGUUUAAAAAAAAAAAUUAACCCCCCUCCGUGAGCGAACAAAAUUUUUUUGUUCGCUCACGGAGGGGGGGGGGGGGAGUCAGGAUUUGGGACAUUUUUGAAGGAAAAGGGGAAUGUGAAGUAAUUGACCAUCAUAGCGAAGUUCAUGCACUUUGUAUUAGAGGAGAUGGAAAAGAAAUAGGAAUUGCAGGAAAUAAUGGAGAACUUUAUUUUUGGAAGCUCCCAGAAGCAGAAGACCAUGGAUUUAUUGAAGGAAAACACGAUAUAGCAGGCGGCCGUGGAAAAUUUGAUAGAUUUACUGCCAAAAAUAACGCGAACAAUAAAAAUUUCAAUUCAAUUUCUUACUCCCCAGACGGAAAUUUACUAUUAGCAGCUGGAAAUUCUAAAUAUGGCUGCAUUUAUGAUUUAAGGCACAAAGUCUUGCUGCACCGUUUUUCUUAUACAGAAAACCGGUCUCUUUCAGGAGUUUUAGACAAGCUGAACUCUAAAGAUAUGACAGAAGCAGGCCCUAUUAAUGAAUUUGAAAUAGACGAGUAUAAUCUCCAAGACGACGUCGACGAGUUUGGUAUCCCACAGCCACAUCGUCCAGGCGACAUAAUGAGAAAAGCUAAUAAAGAAGUCCGAGCCAACAAAGUCAUUUAUGCACAAAAUGGAAAACAAUUCGGAAUCGUCACAACAGAAGGGCUGCUUGUUUAUUCAUGUGACUCAGAAGAACGGUUUUUGCCUUUAAAUUUGGGUAUAGAAGUUACUAGAGGGAAUACAGUGAAAGCACUUGUAGAGGAAGAGUACACAAAAGCGAUGAUUUUGGCUCUGCAGCUUGGAGAAGAUUAUUUACAAAGAGAUGUGAUAAUAAGAGUCCCAGAUAUAGAUGUGGCAGCUGUUGUACAGCAGAUUUCAGGAGCUGAGCUGCUUAGACUGAUAAAACUUUUAGCAAAAGAAGCAGAGAGGUCACGGGAAUUAGGGUUAAUUUUGACCUGGGUGAAAGAAAUUUGCAAAUUCCAUUCAAAAAGCUUAAAAGCGGCUAAUGAAAUUAGAAGUCUCCUAAGAAGCCUUGCCAAGAAGUAUCAAGAACUCAGCUGGAUGUGCCGAGAAAACACAUAUACUCUUCAAUAUUUAAGUAGAUAA